GCGAAUAAUAAUGACGUUUGUGCAAACACACAAUUUACUCCAUUUGAUUUUUUGGUGAAUCAAAGGGCACAAGCGAUCACGCUGUCAGCCAUUUUCAAUUCAUAUUUUUCAUUUGCGUAAAAAAGUUUAUUCUUCAUAGAUUUUUUCUUCAUUCAAGUAAUAAUCCAGAUAACUGCUACAUACCAUUAUAUUCUGAAAGAAUUUGGCGAAACACGAACACAUCAACAAUGGACAACUUAUGGAAGAAGGAAACAGGGCGAGCUGAAUACGUCGAUCUUUUUGCGUCUGUACAGAGAUCAUCAUUGGAUGACAUGUUGCUUGAAUCAGUCAAAAGGCAACAAACUCGGAAAAACAAUCAAAAAUCGACCGAAUGGCGUUUGAAGGGAAACGAACUAUUCCGCCAAGAAAAUUGGCCUGAGGCAACAAUAUGCUACAACAAAAGUUUGUGUUAUGCCGAAGUUGGUUCUGAAAAUGUGGCGUUAGCAUAUUCGAACCGAUCAGCCUGUCUCUUCCACGGUCAAAUAUUGAAUGAAGUCUUGGUCGAUAUUGAACUAGCUAGAAACGCAAAUCUGCCUGAUCGCCUGACAAAAAAGCUGGAGGAUCGUAAAAAUGAAUGUUUGAAGCAGAUGUCGAUGGUUAAGUGUGAGGGAAAAUCCAAACUGAAGCUAAGUUACAAGGCUGACAAGAAUUUCCCGUGCAUGACGAACAUCGUGGAAAUAAAAUACAACGAGGAAUUCGGCCGUCAUUUGGUUGCAAAAUGCGACAUUCCAGUUGGGAAAACUGUUUUGUUGGAAACGAAUUUCCUUCAAAUCAGCGAUGAACCGUCGGUGUGCCAUUCAUGUUUACGAUUGGGCAUGAAUUGUAUGGCCUGUCCAAACUGUCCCGAUGUUAUGUUCUGCAGCGUUGAUUGCAUGAAUAACGAUCAAAUUCACAAAUUUGUGUGCGGCAGAUUUUUCGCAACCCUACCACUACCAGUUAGAUUUGUGAUCAAAUCAAUUUUGUGCGCCAUCACCAGUUUCUCCGACGUGGAUAGUCUGAUGCAGUUUGUUGAAGGUGCACUGCUCGAAAAGCCAGAAGCACUGCCGACGUCAUUGAACGAUUCCAAGUCAAAGUAUCAUUUCUUCUUCAAACUUUCAACAAUAAUACCAUAUGAUGAUGAACUACUCAAGGCAACUGACAUGCUUUAUAGAUGUAUGAUUACUUUGCCGAAAGUAAGCAAUCUGUUCGAUUGUGAUCGAAAGAAGCGUUUUUUUAUGCAUUUGCUCAUGCAUCAUGUUCUGGUCUGCAACACUAACAAAUUUGGAUGUGAUGAUACUAAGUAUGUGGCCAACGUCACUUCUCUCAUGAAUCAUUCAUGUGCUGCCAACGUUAUCAGUUACCCUUUAAGAGGUUAUGUAAUCGGUGUGACAGGACGACCAAUCAGAAAGGGUGAACAGCUUUUCAUCAAUUACUCGAAGGAACUCGAUGGAAUGCCGUCAAAUGAACGAAAAGCAGAGUUGAAAUCUCGGCGAGGCUUCGAUUGCAAAUGUGAAAGAUGCGAGCCAACGCGUGCACCAAUCGAUCGAAAGCUGAUUACAUCGGAUCCAUGUUAUAAAUACGUGGCCAAAAAUCAACACAUUGACAUGGUGCGCAAUCAAACUGAAUCUGCCAUCAUUAAGAAGAAGUGCAUUGAAUUUUUGAACAAAUAUGGACGAUCAGCAUGGUCAUCGGAAAUUGAAUUGAUUUUCAAUGUAUACGCAAUUCAUUUGGCAAAUGCUUUGUAAGCUUUUCAACAAAUUUUGAUCUUGUAUGUCGCAAGAAUAUUUCCAUAAGCAUCGAAAUGAGAAAAUAGAAAAAUCAAUGCAUAAAUAAAUAUCAAUCGAAUCAAAUACAUUUCCGACAAUGAAUCUUUUAAAAGAAUCUCUUUUGCACUUUAUAAAAUAAACGUAUUUUCAAUAAAAUAUUACCAGAAAAUUAAAAAAAA